ACAGGAGCGCUGAUCGGCGCUCACAAAAGCGUCUCGCUCCUUCCAGGUUGUUUUGCUUUGUAAUUCUAGGAGUGAACUUUGCAUGGUCCACGCCCCGGGAGUGAGAUAUGAGCUCUGCACUUCCACGGCUGUGUCUUUAUUCAUUGGGGAUCCUGACGGGGAAAAAGGGCCGACAUGCAGUGCGUACGGAAGCAGCCGAAAAGGAGCAAGUCGCAGGAAUUACUCCAUAAUGAGCAAAGCCGGAGUAUAACCAGCGAUAACCUGAAGCUCCUGGGCAUGGAUGGAGAUCCUGAUUUGAAUUUUCUCCUGAAAGGCGCAGAGCUGGUGAAGGUUCGUUCAGGCUCAUGGAGGAAGGUGCGAUUCUACAAACUGCAGGAGGACUGCAAGACCGUGUGGCACGAGUCCAAAAAAACCCUGCGGCCAAAGCACACCUUUUCCAUUGAGGAUGUAGAGUGUGUGCGUGCCGGCCGGCACACGGAGGGUCUCAGGAAGUACACAGAGGAGGUGAUGGAAUCGCGGGCAUUCUCCAUUCUGUUCAAGGGCCACCAAAAAAACCUCGACCUGAUCGCCAACUCUGAGGAGGACGCCAAGCACUGGGUGUCAGGCCUGGAGAAGGUCAUCUCCAACACGAGCAAGCUUAGCCAACAGCAGAGGACUGAACACUGGAUCUUCAACUGUCUGCGUAAGGCUGACAUAAACUGUGACCAGAAGAUGAGUCCAGAAGAGGUGAAGAGCUUCCUGCACAACAUCAACGUAGACGUGAGCGACGAAUACUUCAAGAUGCUAUUUGAGAAAUGUGAUGAGUCCAAAACUGGCUUGCUGGAGGGGAAAGAAAUUAAGAUCCUGUAUGAGAUCCUGACCGACAGGGAAGAGAUCAGCGUGAUCUACGGAACGUACGCGAAAACUGAAGGACUGAUGAGUGCUGCCAACCUGCUGGACUUCCUGAUAAAAGAGCAGAAGGAGAAGGUGGAUCUCAUUCACGCCACUCAGCUCAUCGAGAAAUAUGAAGUAGAUGAAAUGGCCAAAGCAAAGCAGCUGAUGACGGAAGACGGCUUUCUGAUGUUCCUGCACCAGCCCGAAGCGCUGAUCAUGAGCCCGGCCCAUAAGGGCGUGUACCAGGACAUGAGCCAGCCCUUAAACCACUAUUUCAUCUCCUCCUCGCACAACACGUACCUUCUGAAAGACCAACUCAAGGGCCCGAGCAGCACCGAGGGCUACAUACGAGCUCUUACGAAAGGCUGCCGCUGUGUGGAGCUGGACGUCUGGGACGGCGCAGAUGGGGAGCCGGUCAUCUACCAUGGCUACACGUUGACCUCCAAGAUCCUCUUUAAGGAUGUCAUCCAGGCUGUUAAAGACUACGCCUUUAAGACAUCAGAGUAUCCAGUGAUCCUGUCCCUGGAGACCCACUGCAGCAUAGAGCAGCAGAAGCUGAUUGCAAAGCACAUGUGCUCCAUCCUGGGUAGUGCUCUGGUCACCAAACCCCUGGGAGAACACAUGCCCACUGCGUUGCCCUCUCCUGAGGAGCUGAAGGGUCGGUUUCUGGUCAAAGGCAAGCGCCUGAACAAGCUGGAGGAUUACUUCUCGGACCAAUCCGCUACAGCAGAAGAACAGUCUGUGACAGAAGAUGAAGAUGAUGAAGCAGUGGAACAUUCUGAAAAUAAUAAGUCAAAGAAGCUGAAGCUCGCUAAAGAGCUCUCGGACCUCGCCAUCUACUGCAAAAGCGUCAAGUUCCACGGAUUCGAGCAUGCGCGGACUCAGCAGUCCUUUUACGAGAUGUCCUCUUUUAAAGAAUGGGACGCAGUGAAUUUCGCGGAGAAGUCGGCAAAUGAAUUCAUCCAUCAUAAUGUGGACAAGCUGAGUCGAGUUUACCCCUCAGGAGCAGGAAGGACAACUUCCUCCAACUUCAACCCCGUGCCUCUGUGGAACUCCGGCUGCCAAAUCGUGGCCCUGAACUUCCAGACACCGUGUGAAGAGAUGGAUCUGAACCAGGGCCUGUUCAGCCAAAAUGGACAGAUCGGCUACAUCCUGAAGCCAGCCUUCCUCCGAGAAAAGGAGAGCGAGUUUGACCCCAUCACGCUCAUCAGAGGACCGUGGCUCAAACACCUCGAGUUCCAUGUGAUGGUGAUCUCCGCACAGCAGCUACCCAAACUGAGCGAGAAGCCGCUGUCCAUCGUAGAUCCUCUGGUGCGAGUGGAGAUCCACGGCGUGCCUGCGGACACGUCCAAAAAAGAGACGCGGCACGUUAAAGACAACGGUUUCAAUCCCAUGUGGAACGAGAAUUUCCAGUUUGACCUUUACGUGCCUGAACUUGCGCUGGUGCGCUUCGUCGUGGAGGAUUACGAUUGCGUGUCCAGCAACGACUUCGUCGGCCAAUACACGGCCCCCUUCGCCAGCCUACAGAACGGAUAUCGCCAUGUGCCGCUCUACAACCAAAACGGAGACCUCCUCCCUUCAGCUCAACUCUUUGUUCACAUCAUGGCCGUGGAAGCAGAAUAAGCCUAAAGACCUGUCUUUAUUCCAGCACUUCCCGUCCAGAGAAAGCCGAGCACAAGACUGAACUUGGAGCUGGACCAGAACAAAAAGAAAAUCCUGAGCUGGAUUGGGAACUGCUGUUUUAAUCAUUUACCCAGCGAGACACUGCAGGACCGUCAACUUCCUCGUAAACAUCCAUCCUGGUCAACUUUACCCAUGUAGCUGUAGUACGAUACACUGAGCAGUUAAUGAACUAGAUGAAUAUUUUCUUAUAGAUGGUUUUUAGAUGUUUUUAUGUUUGAGUGCUACUUGGCUUCUUAAACAUUCCAUUAUUUAAGAUUUUACGUGUGUGUGUAUGAAGAAUGUGUGAACUGAAAAACUAAUAAAUCGCCAGCUGUAGUGAAAACUACAAGCUG